AUGGCGUCCCCACGGGAAUUGACUCAGAACCCCUUGAAGAAGAUCUGGAUGCCCUACAGCAAUGGGCGACCCGCUCUGCACGCCUGCCAGCGCGGUGUUUGCAUGACCAACUGCCCAACGCUCAUUGUCAUGGUAGGCCUGCCCGCCAGGGGCAAGACCUACAUCUCCAAGAAGCUGACUCGCUACCUGAACUGGAUUGGCGUGCCAACACGCGAAUUCAACGUUGGCCAGUACCGCCGGGACAUGGUCAAGACAUACAAGUCUUUUGAGUUUUUCCUUCCAGACAACGAAGAGGGCCUGAAAAUCAGGAAGCAGUGUGCCCUGGCGGCCCUCCGUGAUGUCCGGCGGUUCCUUAGUGAGGAGGGGGGACAUGUGGCGGUUUUUGAUGCAACGAAUACCACCCGAGAACGGAGAGCGACCAUCUUUAAUUUUGGGGAACAGAAUGGCUACAAGACCUUUUUUGUGGAGUCCAUCUGUGUGGAUCCUGAGGUCAUAGCUGCUAACAUCGUGCAAGUGAAACUCGGCAGCCCCGAUUAUGUGAACCAUGAUAGUGAUAAGGCCACGGAGGAUUUCAUGAGGCGCAUUGAAUGCUAUGAGAAUUCAUAUGAGUCAUUGGAUGAGGACCUGGACAGGGAUCUGUCCUACAUCAAGAUCAUGGACGUGGGACAGAGCUACGUGGUGAACCGUGUGGCUGACCACAUCCAGAGCCGUAUUGUAUAUUACCUCAUGAACAUCCAUGUGACCCCCCGCUCCAUCUACCUCUGCCGACAUGGGGAGAGUGAGCUCAACCUCAAGGGUCGGAUUGGCGGGGACCCAGGACUGUCCCCUCGGGGCAGGGAGUUUGCCAAGAGUCUGGCCCAGUUCAUCAGUGAUCAGAACAUCAAGGACUUGAAGGUCUGGACGAGCCAGAUGAAGAGGACAAUCCAGACAGCUGAGGCCCUGGGUGUGCCUUAUGAACAGUGGAAGGUCCUCAACGAGAUUGAUGCGGGCGUCUGUGAGGAAAUGACUUACGAGGAAAUUCAGGAUCAUUAUCCACUGGAGUUUGCCCUGCGGGACCAGGACAAGUACCGGUACCGGUACCCCAAGGGGGAGUCUUACGAGGACCUGGUCCAGCGGCUCGAGCCUGUCAUCAUGGAGCUGGAGAGGCAAGAGAAUGUGCUGGUCAUCUGCCACCAGGCUGUGAUGCGCUGCCUCCUGGCCUACUUCCUGGAUAAGGCCGCAGAACAGCUGCCCUACCUCAAGUGUCCACUGCACACCGUCCUGAAGCUGACCCCUGUGGCUUACGGUUGUAAAGUGGAGUCGAUAUUCCUGAACGUGAUGGCUGUGAAUACGCACCGGGACAGGCCUCAGAAUGUAGAUAUCUCGAGGCCUCCAGAGGAAGCCCUCGUCACUGUCCCUGCUCACCAGUGA